GCGUCUUCCAAUAUUCCACGUCGCCUCGCACUGCCGGUUGAUUACAACAGUUGACUCUUUCCCUGCCACCUUCGCCGGAGACGAUCCCCCGGAUAUCUCUCUGAAGAUUCCUUUGCCCUCCUUUUUCGGAUUUCCCAUUCAAAAUAUAUUGACCCUUAAAUCAUCUGAUUCAAUUCAUUCACAUUUUAACAUUCUAGCAGCUGCUGCUUCUCAUAUACUUGCCCGGAACUCCACUCUCCACUUUUUCGAGGUCAGUCCGACCCAUCCUGACUUGCCCACUCCUUUUGCCUCGAUUCGCUUUUCCUCAUUGCUGUAUGUUUCAGGGUUCGGGUCUGGAAGGAAUGAUAUUGCCAGUUAUCUUACUGUUUCUUGCAACUCUGCAAGAAGCAAGUUCCCAUGGAGAUAAUCCCUUGGCGGGGAUUGCUAUCCACGAGGCAAGAUUCGCUCUUGAAGAGUCCGCUUUUAUCAAAGCCUCUCCUGGUGUUCUUGGAGCUCAGGGGGGAAAUCCAGAGUGGGUGACGUUGAGUUUCACUUCAGCAAACCCAUCAAACGAUGAUUGGAUUGGAGUCUUCUCUCCUGCUGAUUUUAGUGCUGCCAUUUGUGAUUCUGAAGGUUCGAUGGCUGGUGCUCCAUUUUUGUGCACUGCGCCAAUCAAGUUUCAGUAUGCAAACUACAGCAGUCCGAGAUAUAAAGCCACUGGAAAAGGUUCACUGAGGCUUCUAUUGAUUAACCAGAGAUCAGACUUUUCAUUUGCACUCUUUUCUGGAGGAUUAUCUAAGCCUAAGCUGGUGGCCGUGUCGAACAAAGUUACUUUUGCAAAUCCAAAUGCACCACUUUACCCACGCUUAGCUCAAGGAAAGACAUGGAAUGAAAUGACUGUGACUUGGACAAGUGGUUAUGGCAUAAGCUCUGCUGAACCUUUUAUUGAAUGGGGUCAAAAAGGAGAUGUUCGUGUUCGGUCUCCAGCUGGCACUCUGACUAUUGAUCGUAGCAGUAUGUGCGGUCCCCCGGCAAGAACUGUAGGGUGGCGUGAUCCUGGAUUCAUUCAUACCAGUUUUCUGAAGGAGCUAUGGCCCAACACCGUGUAUACAUAUAAGCUUGGGCAUAAGUUGUUCAAUGGAACCUACAUUUGGAGUCCAGAAUAUCAAUUUAAAGCAUCUCCAUACCCAGGCCAAGAUUCAGUACAGCGAGUCGUCAUUUUUGGUGACAUGGGAAAGGAUGAGCCAGAUGGAUCUAAUGUAUAUAACAAUUACCAGCACGGUGCUCUGAACACGACUAAGCAGCUUAUUGAUGACCUAAAGAAUAUCGAUAUCGUCUUUCAUAUUGGAGAUAUUGUGUAUGCAAAUGGGUAUAUUUCACAGUGGGACCAAUUCACUGCACAGGUUGCGCCAAUUACAUCAAAAGUUCCUUAUAUGGUCGCAAGUGGUAACCAUGAACGAGACUGGCCGGGAUCAGGAUCCUUUUAUGGGACUAAAGAUUCUGGAGGAGAAUGUGGUGUGAUGGCCGAGACAAUGUUCUAUGUUCCAGCUGAGAAUAGAGCUAAGUUCUGGUAUUCGACGGACUAUGGAAUGUUCCGCUUCUGUGUGGCCGACACAGAGCAUGAUUGGAGGGAAGGGACAGAGCAGUAUGAGUUCAUCGAACGCUGUUUUGCUUCUGCUGAUAGACGAAAGCAGCCAUGGCUAAUCUUCAUAGCACAUCGUGUCCUAGGCUACUCAUCUGCUUCCUGGUACGGUGCCCAAGGAUCAUUUGAGGAACCCAUGGGAAGGGAGAGUCUUCAGAAGCUAUGGCAGAAGUACAAGGUCGAUAUAGCUUUCUAUGGCCACGUGCACAAUUACGAGAGGACCUGUCCCAUUUACCAGAACAUCUGCCUGGACAAAGAGAAGCACAACUACAAGGGCCCCUUCAAUGGGACAAUACAUGUAGUGGCUGGAGGAGGAGGAUCAGGUCUGGCAGAUUUCACCCCUCUCAACACCACCUGGAGUUUGUUCAAAGACCAUGAUUACGGGUUUACGAAGCUGACAGCUUUCGACCACUCGAACCUGUUGUUCGAGUAUAAGAAGAGCAGCGAUGGGAAGGUCUAUGAUUCAUUCACAAUCAACAGGGAUUACAGAGACAUCUUGGCUUGCAGUGUGGACAACUGUUCCCCGACAACCUUAGCAUCUUAGCACACGCGGGAAAAAACCAUGGCAGGCAUUCGGGUUAUAUAGUAUGUGGCCUUUGUAUUUUUUAGUGUAGUCAAAGAGGUUUGGCUAGAACUUGUGAACAAAACCACAUGCCUUUUGUGUAAUUUCUUCAUUUGGCAUCGAGCAUGAAUGAGAAAUCCCUAUAGAUGGAUCAACUUGUUUUCUGUUUGAUUCAUCAAGGUUCAAGUGCACUAGCAAUUGAAUUCAUAAAGGG